AUGAACGCACUCGCUGCUAUCUCCUUGCUGGCUUUGGCUGCUACUAGCUUUGCUUUGCCAAACCCUACUCCUAUAUCCACCGCUUUGGCUACUCAUGGACUUGCCGUCAACGGUGCCGUGGCAGUGCAUACCGUCGCUGUUGCUCUUGACUAUGCCAACCACCCUAAGUACAUGACCAUUGUUGUCGUUAACAGUCACGGCGACACCAUCACCACAUCUCUUGACACCAACCCUGGUGCCCCUACUCCUGCCUCCGGAGCCACUGGCGCCGGUACCAUGACCAACGGUCAGACAGCUUCCAUUGCUGUUCCCACAAACUGGAUUGGAAACAUGGCCAUCAAUGAUGCCCUUUGGGGAAUCACCGGUGAUGACAGUUUGAUUGAGUCUAACUUUGUGGAUCCUUACGGAGGAACUGUGGCUGUGGCUGAUAUUGAUGUCAGCUACGUUGACGGUUUCUCUGUUGCCAUUGUCUGCCACUGCGGUGGACUCAGUGGCACCGCUGUCACUGGAUGCAACAAGAACUUGUUCAACCUUAACACCUGCCCAGACAACGAUAGUGAAAAUGCUUGCGUCAACCCUCUCCGUAGUGACUUGUCUGCUACUGCUCCCACUGAAUUCUUCGCACCUUGCGAGGGUGCUGCUUACACCUUCCCCAACGACAGCGCUGCUAACAGCUUCGGUACAUGCCAAACCGGCACAUAUACUUGCUGUAUUGGCGCUGCAUGCGCUGCCAACCCUAACCAGCCUGCUUAA